AUGGGUAAAGAUGGUGGUUUUCUUACGCCUAAAGCAAUUAGUAAUCGAAUCAAAGCAAAAGGUCUACAAAAGUUACGAUGGUAUUGUCAAUCAUGUGAAAAACAAUGUCGUGAUGAGAAUGGAUUUAAAUGUCAUAUACAAAGUGAAUCGCAUCAACGACAAUUAUUACUUGUUGGUGAAAAUUCCGGCAAAUAUAUUGCCAAUUACUCAAAUGAAUUUCAUAGUGGCUUUUUCAGUACAUUACGUCGUUCAUUCGGCACGAAACGUGUUUUAGCUAAUACAGUUUAUUGUGAAUAUAUUAAAGAUCGUGAUCAUAUUCAUAUGAAUGCUACUCGAUGGGUUGCAUUAGCAGGAUAUGUUCGUUGGCUUGGAAGUCAAGGACUGUGUGAAAUUGAACAAACUGAAAAAGGAUGGUAUAUUACAUUAAUUGAUAAAGAUCCUGAUACUGUACGACGUGAAAUGGAAAAUGAACGAAAAGACAAAAUGGAUUUAGAUGAUGAACAACGACGACAAAAAUUAAUUGCUGAACAAAUUAAAAGAGAUCAAGAAAGAGGUAUUCAAUUAUCUGAACCUGUAUUUACUGAACUUGUUCGUAAUGAAGAAGAUGAGAAAAUACAAGUAACUUUCAAACAAACUGUUGUUGCAGAAAAGAAAAAACUUCUUCCACCAUCUAUAUUAGCUUCUAGUAGUAAAAAACGAGCGAAUCCUACUGAUGAAACUUCUGAUGAAACUGAUGCAAAAAAAUCUAAAACAGAAACUACGGUUGAAACUUCUGUCUUUAAAAAACCCUUGCCAGUCUCAUCACAACGAAAAAAAUCAGCACUUGAAGAAGUGCGAGAGAUGGAAGAAAAAAUGAAAGAACAAAGAAAUCGUAAAGAUUAUUGGUUACAUGAAGGGAUUGUUGUUAAAAUUAUAACUUUGAAACUUGGUGAAAAAUAUUAUAAAAGGAAAGGUAUUAUUACAAAGGUUGAAAAUCAUUAUCAAGCUAUUAUAAAAAUGAUCGAUACGAAUGAUAAGCUUCGCGUUGAUCAAGCUCAUGUUGAAACAGUUAUUCCGGCAAUCGGAAAGAAAGUCUUGAUUGUCAAUGGUGCCUAUCGUGGUCAAGAAGCAACAUUAGAAGAUAUUCAUCAAGAUACAUUUUCUGUUGAUGUUACUAUUCUGAAGGGUUCAAUGAUUGGUACUCGUGUUGACAGUCUAUCUUACGAAGAUAUUUCUAAAUUAGCCGAUUGA